AUGCUACAGCAUCAGAUCGCCCAAUCUCCGGCGAGAUUAGGGUUAACAGGUCCGGGCUCUCCCUCCGUACAAAAUCCAACGCCUCCUCGUCAUGGCCAUCCAACCUCUUCGUCAUCUUCCCAAUCUCAGCACCAACAGAUCCAGCAACCUCCUAAUCUACUACCUGCCUCCACCGUCGCCGGCGCAACCUCAGCCUCGGCGGCUAUUUCGUCGUCUGCUUUGCUACCGCUCCUUCCGCCGUUGCCGCGAGCUCAGGCUCUUCUCCAGCAGAUGGCGGUUUUAACGUCUAAGCUCUUCGAUGUCUCUCCCAAUCGCGCACUCUGGCUCUCCGCUUUCCGUGGUUCUCUCCCUUCGUUCCUCUCCUCGCACUCGUUACCGCCGCCGCCGCCGCUUGAAAACCCUAAUCCAUCAUCCACGAAGGAGAUCCUCUCUCAGUUCAAUUCCCUCCAGACACAGCUCUUCGAGGCCGUUACGGAGCUUCAAGAGAUCCUCGAUCUCCAGGACGCGAAGCAGAAGGUAGCGCGUGAGGUAAAAUCCAAAGAUUCCACUCUUCUGGCGUUCGCCAACAAGCUCAAGGAAGCAGAACGUGUUCUCGACAUGCUCGUCGACGAUUACUCCGAUUAUCGCAAGCCAAAGAGAGGCAGGACUGUAAGUGAAGAAGAAGAAGAUAAUGACAUUGACUCUUCUUCGCCUUCAACCUCUGUUGCAACCACAGUUUCGUCUCAGCUCAAACUAAAGGACAUAUUAGCUUACGCUCACAAGAUAAGCUACACCACAUUUGCCCCGCCGGAGUUCGGUGCAGGGCAAGCACCUCUCCGUGGUGCAUUGCCACCAGCUCCUCAAGACGAGCAAAUGAGAGCUUCUCAGCUCUACACCUUCGCUGAUCUCGAUAUCGGUCUACCGAAAACAGUAGAAAACAAGGUUGAAGCACUCAUUGAGCCACCAUUACCACCACCAGAAGCUAUGAAUCUUUCUGCAAUUCAGAACCUUCUUCCGCCUAAUAUCGCAGUUCCUUCUGGAUGGAAACCAGGAAUGCCAGUGGAAUUGCUUAAAGAUUUGCCAUUGCCACCUCCUGGAUGGAAACCAGGAGACCCUGUUGUGUUACCGCCGUCGGAGUCGAUUCCUGCACCUAGAGCCCAUGAGCAGCAACAAAUGCGGCCUCCUCCAGGACUUCACAGACCGCCUGACGUCAUACAGGUCCGAGCUGUUCAGCUCGACAUUUUGGAGAGUGAUGAUAGCAGCGAUUAUGACAGCGAUGACGGGAGCUCAGAUGACGAGGAUUAA